UCCGAGUUCAUCUGAUUUAUUCCGCAUUGCAUUGGGAGCCCAGCACCACUACCCGUUGCACCUUGGUCAUGCGCUGCCUCUCGUGCUUCUACAAGUGCUUCGGGCGCGACGACUCGCUGGCCACGCCCAAGGGCGAUGUGCCCACCGACACAGCCACCACCGUCGUAGAAGAAACGUCUGUCGCUGCCUCACCCAGAGGCAAAGGCAAAGUGACAGACUCGUACACCUUGGGCAAAGUCAUCGGCUCCGGGUCCUACUCGGUCGUGCGUGAGAGUGUUCACAAGAAAAGCAAGCACAAAUUCGCCAUCAAGUGCAUCAAACGCUCGGAACUCUCAACCGAGGACGACGAAGCCAUUCAGUUCGAGGUUUCCAUCCUGCAACAGAUGAAGCAUCCGCACAUUAUGACUCUUGAGGAGUUUUUCGUCGAGCCCGACUACUACUACCUCGUUACGGAGUUCGUCGGAGGCGGCGAACUCUUCGACCGCAUCGUGGAGAAAACGUUUUACACGGAAAAAGAGGCGCGCGACCUCGUCAAGAUUCUCAUCGACGCCAUCAAGUAUUGCCACGACCAAAACGUCGUGCACCGAGACCUCAAACCGGAGAACCUACUGCUUAUGUCAGCAGAUGACGACGCCAGUAUCAAACUCGCCGACUUUGGCUUCGCGAAAACUGUGACCAAAGACAAUUCUGGCCUUGUGACCACGUGUGGCACACCCGGAUAUGUGGCUCCAGAGAUCUUGGAAGGCGCGUCGUACGGGAAACCCGUUGAUAUCUGGAGUAUCGGCAUCAUAACAUACAUUCUGCUGUGUGGCUAUCCUCCUUUCCACGACGACUCGCAGCCCGUUCUGUUCAAGAAGAUCCGUAAGGGCAAAUACUACUUCGACUCGCCCUAUUGGGACAAUGUAUCCACAGAUGCCAAAGAGUUUAUCUCCAAGAUGUUGGUGGUGAACCCCAAAGAUCGAGCCUCGGCUGGAGAAUUACUGGAACACAAGUGGAUCACUGGAACGGAUGUGGCCACUGUGCCACUGACCAGUGCGCUGACCGAGCUGAGACGCUUCCAUGCACGUAAGAAGUUCAAAGCGGCGGUGCAUUCCGUGCAGGCCACGAUCAGCAUGAACAAGGCGCUGUCCGGACUGGGCGAGUCCACCAGGAACAGCAACUCGGCAGCGUCUCUUUAGAUCGUACGUAUGACCUCAUGACGUAAAGUUGCUGCAAGUUGCACAAAAUUUAUUCGCAUCAUUUUCUGUUG